AUGUACUAAGAUAUAGAUUAUAAUGAGGCCAACAAUGUGAACGCACCAAAAACCUCAACAGAGCACAGUAAUACAAAAUCAUCUGAUUCGUAAAGAAAAUUAUCUCAAAUGAAAUAUAAUAAUAAAGAAAAUCCAGUCAUUAUUGAUAAUAAAUACAUAUUGCUUAAUGUAAUCUAUUAAGGAAAGACUUCAACAAUCUUUGAAGGUAAUAACACUACUAUUUUCAAAGCAAUCAAUUUAUAAAUACAAUAGGCAUGUGUUGUUAGGAUGACUAUUUUAUCAAAAACUGACAAUAGCACUAAAAUACUUUAGUACUUUAAAACUUAAUUCGAGAAUCAGUAUGAGGAGAAAUAUUAAAGUGGAAAAAUAACAUAGAACCCAUAAGAUUGUCUCGUGAGAUUGAUCGAUCAUGGAGUUUUCAUGAAUCAAUAUAAUUAUCAAGUUCUCAACAAAACCGGUCCUAGCUUAAAAUUUUGGUUCAACUUUUGGAAAUCAAGGUUUUCCUUUGAAUGCAUAAUUUUAGUCAUUCUGAAAACAGUAAUAAUGUUAACAUUUUAGAUUGAUGCUCUGUAGUUAUUGCAUUCUGGCAACUUUAUUCAUGCGAAUUUAAAUAUGUAGAGUCUAUUAACAAGUCUGGAAAAUUAGAGGACACUUUCCUUAGGCAAUCUAUAAUAGGCAAUAGUAUUCAAACCAAAUUCAAAGAUAGUCUAAAAAUGUCAACAUUUAAAUAAAUAUUCAAGUUUGGGAUAGCAUCUAGGAAUAUUUUAUCCCAAAGAUGAUUUAGAAAGUCUACUCUAUAUUGUAAUAUAAUUAUUGACAGAUGGAGAAUUCUUUGAUUAUUAAAAAAAAUUUAAGACAAGAGCAGACAAGUUAUAAUGGUAUUUUUCGACUAAGCAUUCAUUUCUACCUGAAAAGGUUCUUAAAAAUUAUCCCCCUUGUUUUACAGACUUUGCUAAUAAGAUAAAAUUCCUAAACCCAAUGGAAUUACCAGUGAAUUACGAUGCUUUAAAGGCUGUAUUUAAGGGAUGCAAAAAUUUGGAAUUUGAUUGGAGUUCUUUAAUUAAUGGAUUAAAGAAGAACAGCGGAAAAACUAGUCAAUAAGUAUCGACAUAAAAUUUAGAAUUUAAAUCUGGAUAAGUAUCACUUGAUACAAUUAAUGAAUCAUUAAAUGAAUAAGUCAUUGAUUUACAUCAUCGUUUAGUGAAAACUCAAAAACAUAUUGGAGAUCAUUGUGAUUACAAUCCAGAAACUUAAGAAUCUGAUGGGGAAAUCUCUUUUGAAGAAGAAUCAACAGAUAAAAGCUAUGUUUACUGCUUCAAAUGA